CCGCUGUGAUGGGACGCGGCCGGUCAGUGUGUAGCGCAGAGGCCGGUCUUACGGAGCACUUUCAGCGUGCAGCGCCGGGUCCGGCCACCCCCUCCUGCCCCACACCGCCGGGUCCUGCGGCCCCCGUCCCUCCCCUCGCUCGCCGCUCCGUGACGCUGGGGGAGGGCGCACGUUCCGUGUUUCCGGCGAGCGAAUCUCGGCGCUGGAGCUGCCCGGUCCGACAUGGUGCUCAUUAAGGAAUACCAAGUGCUCCUGCCAUGUUCUGUAGAAGAGUAUCAGGUCGGCCAGUUGUACUCUGUGGCCGAAGCCAGCAAGAACAACACCGGUGGAGGGGAAGGCAUCGAGGUCCUGCGCAACGAGCCGUAUGAAAAGGACGGGGAGAAGGGCCAGUACACGCACAAGAUCUACCACAUCCACAGGUCUGCCCCUGCAUCCAGCUGCAAACAGACAGUUAACAACCACAGGUAAGGUGCCCAGUUUCAUCCAGAUGUUUGCCCCUGAGGGAGCCUUGAUCUUCCACGAAAAGGCUUGGAACGCAUACCCAUACUGCCGCACCAUUGUGACUAACGAAUACAUGAAAGACGACUUCUUCAUUAAGAUCGAGACCUGGCACAAGGCGGACAUGGGAACCACGGACAACCCUCACGGCUUGACUCCAGAGGAGUGGGAAGACACGGAGGUGGUGCCUAUCGACAUCGCGGACCGCUCGCAGGUGGAUGACCUGGACUACAAGGCUGAUGAGGAUCCAGCCAUCUUCCACUCAGAGAAAACUGGCAGGGGUCCCUUGGGUCCAGGCUGGAAGACAGAGCUGCAUGGAAGUAACUGCCCCUUCAUGACCGCCUACAAGCUGGUGACCGUUCACUUCCGCUGGUGGGGGCUGCAGGGCAGGGUGGAGAAAUUCAUUCACAAGCAGGAGAAGAGGCUCUUCACCAAUUUUCACCGUCAGCUUUUCUGCUGGCUGGAUCGCUGGGUGGACCUGUCUAUGGAGGACAUCAGGAGGAUGGAGGAGGAGACGCAGCGAGAGCUAGACCAGAUGCGUAACCAGGGACCGGUUAGAGGGAUGAAAGCAGGUGAAGAUUAGAAAAUGAAGAAGGGGGUGGGAUUAUGGGACUGUUUGCUCAGUCUUUAUUUUUACCUCAGAGUCCCACACAAUGCGCUUCGUUCUGCGGCCAAUCAGAAUGUGCCACAUCACCAAGUCCUUUCACACAGGAAGCUGUCACGCCUUCUUCAGGAUUUGAAUAUCCUUUUUCAUGUAUCUUCGUAUUUCUCUGUCCAUUUACAUGUUUUUUUUGCCCACUUAGCCCGUACUCACACAUGGCCCCAGAGAGGCAUUUGUCACUCUGAAUGAUCGAAAAGUGCUUGUUUGCUAAAUGCUGCUACGAAAGUCAGCGAUUUUUAAGACGACCAGUAGGAACCUCCCACACAUUCCUGGCACAUUCAGCCGGCCUGUGAGGCUGCUUCUCACUCUGGGUUACGACGUGAGGGUGAUGUGGAGAGGCCUGGAUCCCAGCUCUCCCUGGCUCUGUUUGUGUUGGGACUUUUCCAGGUUCUUUGGUUUUUAGCCAAGGACCCUGAAUAAAUACAACUGAACUUUCAUUUUAUGUUAUUUUUGUUCCAUUUUGCACCAUUAGUUACGGUAAGGCAGCGGGCCAGUGGGGCAGGUGGGUGAAAGGUGCAUGUCAGUAAUACGUCGAUGGCAGCUGAAUCGGCCACUUGAUAUAAUCUAUGUGCUACAGGGCACAAUGGUCAGCGUUUUAAAUGAGCAUUUCUGAAUAAAAUGUCUAUUACAUAAACAA